UUUCGCGUCCAUUGCAGGAAGAGGAUUUCGAAUUGAUAUUAAGCGUGAAUAGAAAAGACUAAAUCAUGGCUUCAGUAAAGGAGGCAAAGUCGCCAGGUAGGACUUCGACGAGACAAUCCAAAUCCAAAUCCAGGAGUCGCAGUCGUAGUAGAAGUAGAAGCAGAUCUAGAGGACGAACAUCAUCAGCAACUCGCAAACGCAAACCUACAACCUCUAAACCAAAGCAGGAAAAGAUGGAGCCAAACUCGCCUGCUAGAGCAAAAGCCAGAACCCCUGAAAGGGCUGCAACUCCCACCAGAAAGUCUGCACGUCUUCAGAAUCAGAGUCUUGCCCCUGAAGAAAGGAAGCCAGUGGAGUUUGAAGCAUCUUUAGAGGAGGAGAAGCGUGUUUCUCGUACAAAGAAAACAGAGUUUGGGGGUGCCGUUGGUGCUUUUUUCAUGAUCCUUGGCCUUCCAUUGUUAGUCUACUUCCUCAACUUUGUAUGCGCCAAGAACAAGUGCAAGCCAGUCCUGCCUGUUGUGCCAUUGGACUGGCGGAGUUAUUUUGACAUCCAGGCUGCUGCAAUUUACCUUGGCUGGAUGGCUUUCCAGGCAGUUCUUUACAUGUUACCUAUUGGUCCAGUGGUGUUGGGGCAGCCCUUGCGCUCUGGUCAACGACUCCAGUAUAGGUGUAAUGGUUUUAUCUCGCUUUGUAUCAGCCUUGUUGCCUUCGGAGCUGCUGUCUACUUAAAACUUCCUGUUGGUAUUGUUUUGCAAAAGUUCACCCAGCUCAUCACCACAGGAAUCCUCUUCUCAUUUGUUGUUAGCGUCAUUCUUUAUGUCCAGGCAAGGAGAGGACCUAACAAUAAGUUAGCACCUGGAGGAAAUACAGGCAACGUUCUGUAUGAUUUCUUCAUUGGUCAUGAGUUGAACCCUCGAGUGGGCAGUUUUGACUUGAAGUUUUUCUGUGAGCUGCGUCCUGGUCUAAUUGGCUGGCUGAUGCUAAACCUGGUGAUGCUUACAGAGAAAUACAACAAAGAAGGGGCUUUUCCUCCAGCUCUCACCAUGGUUGUGGUGUUCCAGGCACUUUAUGUAGCUGAUGCUCUUUGGUUUGAGAAUGCCAUUUUGACUACUAUGGACAUCAUUCAUGAUGGUUUUGGAUUCAUGCUUGUGUUUGGAGACCUUGUUUGGGUGCCCUUCCUCUACUGUCUACAGACACGCUUCCUGUCACUCUAUAGUGUCAAGAUGGAAUGGUACUGUCUGGUCUUUAUUGGCAUCCUCAAUUUGAUUGGCUACUACAUAUUCAGAGGAAGUAAUUCUCAGAAGAAUGAAUUCAGGAAGAAUCCCUACAACCCAGCUCUAGCGCAUCUUGAGACUAUCCCAACUUCGUCUGGCAAAUGCUUGCUGGUUUCUGGAUGGUGGGGACUCUGUCGCAAGCCUAAUUACCUAGGAGACAUCCUAAUGGCCACUGCCUGGUCCCUCUCAUGUGGGUUUUCUACACCAGUGGUUUACUUCUAUCCUGUGUACUUUACCAUCCUGCUGAUCCACCGGGAAUACAGAGACUCAGAACAGUGCCAAAAGAAAUACAAGGCCAGCUGGGACCGUUACUGUGAACGAGUGAAAUACAGAAUAUUCCCAUACAUUUAUUAGUCUUACCAGUAGUUUUAUUACCUACCUGUAGGCAGUACUAAAAUACUCCACAGUAUUUAGUUAUUGUUUGUAUUCAUGUGUAGUACAAAUUUUUCUGUUAUCAUUUCCCAUUGAUUUAUUUUGUUUUGUUUAUUGCAUUGUUCAAGACUAGGAUAUUCUUUUCAUUUUCUUUUUUUCUGAAAUAUUUUAAAAUUUUUAAUAUUUUAUGAUUUUUUAAAGUGUUUUUAUAGUGUAAUUCAUCAGAUGAGAUUUCCAUUGACAUAAAAAAUGCAAUAACCUUGUGUGUAGAAAUAUUAUUAGAGUAAAGUUACAUUUACUUUGUGUUUUAAUACUAGCGUCUGGAAAUCAUUUUCCAUUUUCCUUUUAGUAGAAAAUGGUCAUUGACCUGAAUAUUAAAAUAUUAUUGAUUUUUACCUUUAUUAUUUUUAUCAAAAAUAGUGCCUUUGAGAAGAAAAAAAAAGCUUCUAACUGCCAUUCCCAGAUUACUAGAACACACUUUUUUCAUAAGAUGCAUAUUUCUUGAAUUUUUUCUUUUCAUACAUGAAAUUUCUGUCUACCAAUAUCGAGAGAGCAUCUUUCAGUAGCUAUCAAAAACUUUGAAAUAAAUUAUGCAAUGAAAUAAAAUGAUGUACAGAAUGGGUUUUGUCAUUGAAUAGUUUGCAAAUCAACCAUACAUGAUAAAAGAAAUCAAUUUUUGUCAUCCUUUACAUCAAUAUCAGAGAUUUCUGAAAAACUUUAUAAUUUGGAGGAUGAGAAGGUAUGUGAAUAUGUGUGUAUGUUUUGUAUAAAAAUGUGAAUUUAACACCAAAAUAAUGCUCCAAACAUUUUCUUCAAAAAAAAUGUGAAAUCUAAUCAAGGCUCUUAUAAAUAUGGGGAUAGGAGAAAAAAUUGUUUAUAUUGUGAGUCUCUGGGAAAACUUCCCCUUUCUAUUGUUGAUGAUUUAUCUGAAAUAUUCAGUUUUAAUUUGAGUGAUUGUAAAUGUCAUGAUUAAGGAGCUCAAACUGCAAUACAACAUUCUCAGGAAAAUCACAAUCCAUUUCUGCAGUACUGUGAAAGAUCUCAACAUUGAAUAUAGUCUAGUGAAAGGGAACAUAGUGUCCAGGGUAAUUUAUUUGCUGGACAUGAUGAAAUCAUGUGUAUUAGGAUUUGCUGGAUGUAAAUGUGUAGUAUGUACAUAGUCUCAGCAUUUUAAUAUAAAGUGUACUGUAUAUAGAAUGGUGUUUGUACAUAUUAUUGUAUUCCAAUGUUGUAAUAAAACUUUUAGCCUGUAUAUAAUUAGUCACUUUUAUGGAUGUUUAAAAUAAAGCAGCUUAUCAAGCAUCGACAGUGGUCCAAUGUUUGGAGUAAUAACAUUAAAUAACAGCACUGUAAAUUGGGAUAUUUUGGUAGGGUUAUAUUGUGGAGGUUACUCUUUAUUCUAUUUAAAUGUCAUACAUGGAAAAUGUAGAUUGAUUGAUCUGGAAUGAAAAUGUCGGAUAUGUGUUGAAGAGAAGAAAAGUUUGGCACAACAUAAAAAUUGGACACCAGUAAUAUAACCUUGUCCAUAUUGAAAAUAUCCCAGUUAAACAGUAAUCUUGUUUGUUACAUAAUGAAACAUUUGAAAAUGUUACUUCACGUUAUGAAAAAUUAACACAAAAUGUUCCAGAUAAAGAUUGUAUGUAUAUUUGCCAUGUCUGUGUAAACACAGUCCCAGUAUAAUUAUAUUCACUGCAGAAA